AAAUUUAAGAUGCAAAAUAGCAAAUUAUGCAUUAAGCGAAUGGGCUUUCUCAUAUCCUGAACUUCAUAUAUCCUAACAAGCCCUAAAACAUCCUUGCCACCGUUUGUAUUGCCUCCCGCUUGGUGUCUGAGAGACAACCCGAAGCCUCUCGCCUCUCUUCUCUUCGUCAACUGCGGUAAAGCCAGUCAUAGCUGCGGUAUCUCUCUCUCUCUCUCUCGCGCUUUGUCUACCUCUCUGUUAGAUAUGUUUAUUAUGCUUUCAAAUACCCAGUCAAGAUUGUAUAGAGAAAUCAAGAAAACCACAUCAAGGGUCUGCCCUAUCCUCCACAGAAAAGAACCCAACAGACAUCAAAACCCUCUCCCUUUUAUACACUCAAUUUUCCUCAUAUAGCCACUAUUGGGAUAUAUUGCCAUUUCAACGAUUUUUUGGUUUCUGCAGAGAAGUUGCCAAAUUGGUUUUUUGUUUAAUUGGGCAGGCCUGUUUGUUUGUUGUUGUAGUUACUUUUAUACACAGUUUUGGCAAAAUGGGUGAUUUUGAUGCCCACAAAAUCCGAAAUAUAUGCAUAUUAGCUCAUGUUGAUCAUGGCAAGACAACACUUGCCGACCACCUGAUUGCUGCUACUGGUGGUGGUCUGCUUCACCCGAAAAUGGCAGGGAAGCUUAGGUUUAUGGAUUAUCUUGAUGAGGAACAGAGGCGUGCAAUAACAAUGAAGAGCUCUUCAAUUGCUCUACAUUAUAAAGAUUAUUCAAUAAACCUCAUAGACUCCCCUGGUCAUAUGGAUUUUUGUAGUGAGGUUUCUACUGCAGCCAGAUUGAGUGAUGGGGCAUUGAUUUUGGUUGAUGCUGUUGAGGGGGUUCAUAUACAGACGCAUGCUGUUUUGCGUCAAUCUUGGAUUGAGAAGCUCACACCAUGUUUAGUGCUUAAUAAGAUUGAUAGGUUGAUUUAUGAGUUGAAGUUGAGUCCCAUGGAAGCAUAUAACCGGUUGCUGAGGAUUGUUCAUGAGGUGAAUGGGAUCAUGAGUACAUAUAAGUCUGAGAAAUAUCUUUCUGAUGUUGACUCAUUACUUGCGGGGCCAUCUGGUGAAGUGGAUUAUGAGAAUCUUGAGUUUAUAGAGGAUGAUGAAGAGGAUACCUUUCAACCACAGAAGGGGAAUGUGGCAUUUGUGUGUGCAUUGGAUGGAUGGGGUUUUGGUAUUAGUGAGUUUGCCGAAUUUUAUGCUUCAAAGCUUGGAGCUAGUUCAGCUGCAUUGCAGAAGGCUUUGUGGGGUCCUAAGUAUUUCAAUCCCAAGACUAAGAUGAUUGUGGGGAAGAAGGGAGUGGAAGGAGGAAGUAAGGCUCGGCCUAUGUUUGUGCAGUUUGUGCUUGAGCCACUGUGGCAGGUUUACCAGUCAGCCUUAGAGCCUGAUGGAAAUAAAGGUUUACUUGAGAAAGUCAUUAAGUCUUUUAAUUUGCAUGUGCCACCUCGUGAACUUCAGAAUAAGGAUCCAAAGAUUGUGCUUCAAGCUGUUGUGAGCCGCUGGCUUCCCUUGUCUGAUGCAAUUUUGUCAAUGGUUGUGAAGUGCAUACCAGAUCCAAUUGCUGCCCAGUCUUUUCGAAUUUCACGUUUGCUUCCCAAGAGAGAGGUUUUGUAUGAUGCAGUUGACUCAAGUAUUAUUGCAGAGGCAGAUCUUGUAAGAAAGUCAGUUGAGAUUUGUGAUUCCAGCCCUGAAGCACCUUCUGUUGCCUUUGUAUCCAAAAUGUUUGCAGUACCAACAAAGAUGCUACCUCAAAGGGGACCAAAUGGAGAGAUUUUGAAUAAUUACAGUGAUGAAAAUGGAAGCAGUGAGUCAGAUGAGUGCUUCCUUGCAUUUGCAAGAAUUUUUAGUGGGGUUCUUUAUUCACAACAAAGAGUCUUUGUGCUUUCAGCAUUAUAUGACCCGUUGAGGGGAGAGUCAAUGCAGAAGCAUGUGCAGGAUGCUGAGUUGCACUCAUUGUAUCUCAUGAUGGGUCAAGGCUUGAAACCAGUAGCCUCUGCAAAAGCAGGGGAUGUUGUGGCAAUCCGAGGCCUCGGCCAACAUAUUUUAAAAAGUGCAACUCUUUCAUCCACAAGAAACUGUUGGCCUUUCUCUAGCAUGGCAUUCCAGGUUUCCCCAACUUUAAGAGUUGCAAUUGAGCCAUCUGAUCCAGCAGAUAUGACUGCCCUGAUGAAGGGUCUGAGGCUUCUGAACCGGGCAGAUCCAUUUGUUGAAGUAACUGUUUCUUCUAGAGGGGAGCAUGUGCUUGCUGCUGCUGGAGAAGUUCACCUAGAAAGGUGCAUCAAGGAUUUGAAGGAGAGAUUUGCAAAGGUGAGCCUGGAAGUCUCUCCACCUCUUGUGUCCUAUAAGGAGACCAUCGAGGGGCACACUUCCAAUGCUUUAGAUAAUCUGAAAUCACUGAGAAGGGGCUCAGAUUAUGUGGAGAAGACAACACUAAAUGGAAGGUGUGAUGUUCGUGUGCAAGUCAUGAGACUUCCACCUGCACUAACCAAGGUGCUGGAUGAAAGUGCCGAUAUUCUUGGAGAUAUCAUUGGCGGGAAGCUGGGGCAGACAAAUAGAGAUGUGCAAAAGCAGGGUUCAAGCAUUUUACAAGAUGAGAGUUCAGUUGAAGGAAUCAAAAAACACAUAAUGGAUGCUGUCGAAAGUGAAAUAUUGUCAUGGAGUGAGACUGACAAGGAUCGGGCUGAAAAAUACAAACUUAAGUGGCAAAAAUUUCUUAGGAGGAUUUGGGCACUUGGUCCAGGACAGGUUGGCCCUAAUAUCCUCUUCACUUCAGAUUUGAAAAGCAAGAGCAAUGAUUUAUCUGUUCUUGUACGGGGUUCUCCUCAUGUAUCUGAAAGAUUAGGCUUAGUUGAUAAUUACAGUGAUGGUGAUACACCUGCCGACACAUCCUCUGAAGAAACUCAAGCAUUAGACAUGGAAGCAGAGAGUCUUCAGAACAGCGUAGUGUCUGGAUUCCAACUUGCAACAGCAGCUGGACCUUUAUGUGAUGAACAAAUGUGGGGAGUGGCAUUUGUGGUUGAUGUUUACAUAUCUCCGUUAGCUGAGCAGUCUGAUGAGUCUGACAUUAAUCAACAGUCUGAGCAGUAUGGCAUCUUCACUGGACAGGUUAUGACAGCUGUCAAGGAUGCAUGUAGAGCAGCUGUAAUUCAGAAUAAACCUCGGCUUGUUGAAGCAAUGUAUUUUUGCGAGUUGAACACCCCAACUGAAUAUUUGGGCUCCAUGUAUGCAGUGCUUAAUCGGAAACGGGCUCGGGUCUUGAAGGAGGAGAUGCAAGAAGGAUCUCCACUUUUCACAGUUCACGCAUAUGUCCCAGUUUCUGAGAGCUUUGGUUUUGCUGAUGAGCUUAGAAGAUGGACUUCAGGAGCUGCAAGUGCUCUCCUUGUUCUUAGCCAUUGGGAAGCACUUCCCGAGGAUCCUUUCUUUGUACCAAAAACAGAAGAGGAAAUUGAAGAGUUUGGAGAUGGUUCCAGCGUUCUACCUAAUACAGCAAGAAAGCUCAUCAAUACCGUAAGGCGACGGAAGGGCUUGCCUGUGGAGGAGAAAGUAGUCCAGCAUGCUACUAAACAGAGGACAUUGGCUCGUAAAGUGUAGAAUUUGUUAAACUAGUUUUAAACUAUCUUUUCCGUGAAUUGCAGACACUGUAUGGUCACACCUCGUAUUCUUGUUGGUGCAAAAAUUCGGAAUAAUUAAUGGUCUCUUUGUUGGUUAAAACUUUAAUCCCUUUCCCUGGAAGUGAAUUGUGGAGAUCUUGUUUUAAGUCAUGUUGUUCAAGAAUGAUACUGUUUUAAUAAUAAGAGAGAGCUCCUGGUUCAGUUUUUGUUUUUAA